UAUGUAGCUUUUGCACGGCACCACAUCAUAACAGCAAAAUCAAUAGCACAUAGAUACAGGCGAAUCUGUAGUGUCGAACGUCACUGUUUUUACCGCUGGCUGGCGUCACAGAAGAGAAGCUAGGGGCCGACGACUAACCGAUCCAGUUUCACAGAGAGACUGUCGGCAACCCCAAGGUCGAUCAUCACCAUUAAGGUCGAAGCAAUCGUGUGGUUUUCGAAUCGUAUUAAUCUUAGGAUGCCCGCUUUUAACAGGGACAAAAAUAACUUGUUAAUAAGUUGUGAAUCCUAGUCGAAUCUACCUGCUAUUGCUGCAACUAUUCUUAGUACCAUUGACUGCAGUUCUCGCAGAGAACAAGUGAGAUACUGAGUUCAAGGUUUCGUCUCAACUGAAAAGUGCUUUGGAUAUGAACACAGAACCAAAGCUGAGGAGACAAUUUAAGUUAGGAUAUUAUUGUGAGAGUGACAUACUAUUUGUAGAUUGAGGACUCGCCAGACUGAAGGGAAAGGACAUAUUUUUACGUAUAUUACCAUUGGUGGCUCCCGCUAAGAAUUCGAGCUCUUGGCCGAAUUGUUAAGGUUCUACGGUUACAACAAGUAACGCUAUUGGUAUUAUCGAAGGAACAAUUCAUACCAUCGGACAACUACAUUAAAAGGCAAAGCAUGACAAACAACUUCCUUAAUAAGGCGAUCGAGCUAGUGACAAAGGCUACAGAGGAAGAUCGCAACAAAAAUUAUGCAGAAGCACUCCGGUUGUACGAACACGGAGUUGAACAUUUCCUGCACGCGAUUAAGUACGAGGCUCAGAGUGAUAAAGCAAAGGAAUCAAUCCGAUCGAAGUGUAUGCAGUACCUUGAUCGUGCUGAGAAGCUUAAGGAGCACCUUAAGAGCGGAUCGAAUGGCAGGAAGACCGUUAAAGAAGAUGAGAACGGAGACAGCUCAGAUGGCAACGGAGAAGACUCGGAAAAGAAGAAACUUAUGUCACAGUUAGAGGGAGCCAUCAUGACUGAACGACCAAAUAUAAAAUGGAGUGACGUCGCCGGCUUGGAAGGGGCUAAGGAAUCACUCAAGGAGGCCGUGAUUCUGCCGAUCAAAUUUCCUCACAUGUUCACAGGUAAACGUAAGCCUUGGAGAGGAAUCUUGCUAUUUGGCCCGCCUGGCACUGGUAAAUCAUACUUGGCCAAGGCCGUAGCCACUGAGGCACAAAAUUCGAUUAUGCUGUCAGUCUCCAGCUCCCACCUUGUCAGCAAAUGGUUGGGUGAAUCUGAGAAACUCGUCCGGAGUCUAUUUGAGAUGGCUCGUGAACAGAAGCCAGCAAUCAUUUUCAUCGAUGAAAUCGACUCGCUCUGUUCAACGCGUUCGGAGAAUGAGGCCGAUGCAACGAGACGUAUUAAAACGGAAUUCCUCGUCCAGAUGCAGGGUGUCAAUAAUGAUAAUGAUGGAAUCCUCGUUCUGGGCGCCACCAAUAUCCCCUGGGGCCUUGAUCCGGCUAUCCGACGACGUUUCCAAAAGCGAAUCUACAUCCCUUUGCCGGAUGCUCCUGCCCGCACCCUCAUGUUCAAAAUUCACAUUGGAAAUACGCCGCACUCGCUCCUCGAUGAGGAUUUUACAAAACUCGGCAAAAUCUCAGAGGGUUAUUCGGGUGCAGAUAUUGCGGUAGUUGUUCAGGACGCCUUAAUGCAACCUGUCCGGAAAGUUCAAACGGCCACGCACUUUAAGCGGGUAUCGGGGCCGUCCCGGAAGGAUCCCAGUGUAAUGGUACACGACUUAUGGACGCCGUGCAGUCCAGGAGACAAGGGUGCAAAGGAGAUGAGCUGGGUUGAUAUCGAUGGAGAUAAGCUAUACGAGCCUAUUCUUACGAUGGCAGAUGUGGAGUUGAGCUUGACUCAGACAAAACCAACGGUAAACGAGUCCGAUCUUCAAAAACACAAACAGUUCUUGAAGGAUUUUGGUCAGGAAGGCUAGAUCAUGUCGAACCUAUAAACUUAAGGAAAGCAGCAUUACGGACUAGAUUAGUUCCUACGACAGAGCAACGGCACGAAAGAGGCUAUUCCUCUGAUACCCGAAUCCUGAAAAAGCACUUUGCUGUAUGUUCUGUGCUGCAAAAUAUUACAAAACUACGGUGGUGCAUCUGUACACGGAGGCAGAAUGGCCUCCAUCGGACAGAACUUCCUUAUUUCGCUGUGCUGCUUCAAUCUGAUGAUUCACUGCAAAAAUCAAUUGCAACGCUCAUUGCAAUUAAAUUAUUAGCGGUUAUUGUCUAAAUUUCUUCAAAAGCAAACAACCAUAUGGUAUGUGUAAAUGGAUGCCUUUGUGGUUUUAUGCUGAUUGGAAAACUACCUCAAUGUAUGCAUUUACGUCUGCACGAGUGAAUGAUCCGUUAAUGCAUCGGCCAAACGCAGCCCGCAAGUGAUAAAUCACCUAUAACAAUACUACGAUGCACAUAACAAUACCAAAAAGAGCUGUCUUAUCAAAGAACGUAUGAAUGAAGCCGCUCUAUUUUUUCAAGCAAGAGUCGUAACGGUUAAGAAGAUCUGAGGAUGAACAGGCUGGGACUUAAGUCAUUCCUGUGUAUGCUUGGCAAUCGCCAUUUCUCUACAACAUAAAAGAUGAAACAGAUGCGCUUAGCUUAGAACCGUUACCUUUCUGCCAUUCAUUCGAGUGAUAAGGGAUUUGAUAAAACGCGGAUAUAAGAAAGGGUAGGGUCAAUGAUUUUUUCUUAUAGAAAGGAAAUGAUAGAAAAAGGCGAGACAAAAAUAGAGAAAAGUGACCUCGACGUAGAUAAAUAUGGCCAUUUACGGGUGCAGAGUCUAAGAAAGCGCGCUUUUUCUCACAAGACCCAUGAGGCGCUUCAAAACACUCAUAAUUUUUUGGUUGUACACAUAUGAAUACGACGGUGAAUGGCCUAGAGCAUAUUAACCAACAACCUGACGUUGAAUAAAUAUAUAUAUAUAUAUAUAUAUAUUAUACACAGAUUGCAGUAAUUUCAAAUGCAACAACAAACUAUAGCAGAAACUACAAAAAGGACUGGCUGUUUGAAUACUGUGCGUUUGCUUGUUUGAGGCAAAAUAAUUUAACAGUGUUGGCUGCGGAAAUUUAUUAUCAGAUGCUGUAAUUUUUCUCCGACGACUUUUUUUGAAAAAUAUAAACCACAUAUACAAAUGUAUGUACCGGUUAUUCCUUGUAAUAUAUUAUUAUUCAGCUACUAUUUCACAGAAUGUUACAACUACGUUGAAUGGCACGCUACUUGUAUUGGAGAUAUUGCUAUGGAUAACAAUCCUUAGUAGUGGUAACUCAAGUAAAAGUUCAUAUAUAUGUUGAUGUAGGUAUAGGCAAACGGAAAAGUGAAUAAAAUUGCGUUCAAAAAAUAGUAAUAAUUGCUUAAGAGCUCUCAAAUAUUGCAUUUUUUAAAAAUCUUUGGCAGACUGUACGUUACUAUUAUAUAUCAAUUAGUUUUUAUUAUAAUUGCGGCACUGCAAGUGAAGUUGCAAGAGACUCGGAUUGAUCAAGUGAAAUAAAUAACUUACUGAUUAAUAGGA